AUGAAUAAAGAGCAAAUAAAUUAUGAAUUAUUAAACUUAAAAAGGGAAAAUUAUCCUAAAUAUUUACUGAAUACUAGGCAAAGUGGCGAAGCUUUGGAAUUAUUAACUAACUUAAAAGAAAGCAGUGUUAGUUUAGUAUUUUUUGACCCUCAAUAUGAACCAGUAAAGAAUGUUCUGGCGGUCAAUUAUCCGCUUUAUUCCCAAAUAAAUAAAACUUUGUUAGGAAAUGACCGCAUUCCGCUAUGGUUGUUAAAAACUCCUACUUUAAAAAUAGUGGAUUUUCUGUUAUUUAAAAAUAGAAGUUUUGGAAAUGUUUGGGAGGAGAAUGUUGUGCCGGUUAGCAAAAGAAAACACCCACAUCAAAAACCAAGAGAGUUAAUAAAAGCCUUAAUUGAGGCGACUACUGAAAAAGGAGACUUAAUUGUUGACCCUUGUGCGGGUUCUUUUGUGGUGUUGGAAGUUUGUCAAGAGUUAAAGAGGGAGUUUUGUGGAGUUGAUUUAACUUUUAAAGAAUUGAAGGAAUUUCUAGAAAAAAGGUAA